CUUCAUCAUCUCAUAACUUUCUCUCUCUAAAACCAUAAAUCUGUUAUAGAAAGAGAAAGUAAAAAACAAAAAAAAGAAAUCAUAACAAUGGCGUACGUUAGAGUUGCGGUGGUUUUACUGUUGGCAUUGAUCGCCGGAUCUGCAAUGGCGCAGUCGCCUACGGCGGCCCCAACGGUGUCUCCGACGGCUAGUCCGACGGCAUCACCUCCGGCGCCUGUUGCAGUGCCUACUUCAUCACCGACUGAAGCUCCGAUGGCUUCUCCGCCGGCUCCUCCUACUUCUGUUGCUCCGUCGUCUCCGACUGGAUCGCCGCCGUCGAUCUCCACCACUCCGUCCGGUUCUCCUGCCGGUUCACCAAACUCCGGUAGCUUGAACAGAGUUGCUGUUGGUGGAUCUGUUGCUGUGGUUGUCUUAGCCGCUGCUUUUGUUCUCUAGAGAUCUUGUUUUGUUCUUGAUUUUACCACAUUUGUUGUGUUAUUAUUCGAUUUGUUACUGUUAUUAUUGUUAUUUUAUUAUAUAAUCAUUUGUUCAUCCUUUGAAUUA